AUUUCCAUCGGCUUCUUCAGCAUGCUGCGCUCGACCCUCUUUGCCCGCCGUGUCGUCGGCCUCGCUGGCCCGUCCAGCCUCCGCUCCAUGGCCACGUACUCGCCGUCCAUGGAAGAGAUCAAGAAGCUCCGCACGGCGUCGCAGGCGCCCAUGAAGGACGUCAAGAAGGCGCUUGUUGAAGCGGAAGGCGACUUCCCCGCCGCCUUCGAGUGGCUCCGCAAGAAGGGCAUUGCGUCGGCGACCGCCAAGGCUGGUCGCACGGCCGCUGAAGGUCUUGUCGGUAUCUUUGUCGACGCCGACAAGAAGCGUGGUGCCAUGGUCGAGGUCAACAGUGAAACGGACUUUGUCGCGCGCAACGACCAGUUCCAGGCGUUGGUCGCCCAGGUCACGCGUGGCGCCCACGCUGGUGCGCUCCUUGGUGAGCUUGACACGCCUGCGAUGGCCCAGGUCGCUGUCGAAGGCCGCUUGGUCGCGGACCUUGUCCCGGAGCUUGUCGGUCGCGUCGGCGAGAACAUCGUCGUCCAGCGCGGUACGACGAUCAACGUUGCGCACGGCGUCGUCUCCAGCUACACGCACCGCGUUGCGUCGCAGGAGCUCAACUUGGGCCGCGCGGGUGCGCUUGUCGGCCUCGAGGUCGAAGGCGAGCUCUCGUCCGCCAAGGUCGCCGACUUGGAAACGCUUGGCAAGAAGCUCGCGAUGCACGUUGUCGCGGCCAAGCCCAAGUUCUUGAACCGCGAUUCGGUCCCGGCCGAGCGCGUCGAGGCGGAGCGCACGUUUGUCUUGGAGCAGGUCCAGGAGCAGGCGAAGAACAAGCCGGCCAACAUUGUCGAAAAGAUGGUCGACGGCCGCAUGAACAAGUUCUUUGGCGAAGUCACGCUCGUCGACCAGGUGCACAUGGUCGAGGAGGGCAACCCGAAGGUCUCGGCGCACUUGGAGAAGGAAGGCGCGCGCCUCGGCCUCAAGAUCAAGCUCUCGGCCUUCCAGCGCUAUGAGAUUGGCGAAGAGCAGCUCUAAGUUGGUGUCGCAACAAUAUACUUGAAUUCUAGAUGC